AUUUUGUGACUUGUUUUCUCUUAGAUUACAUAAAAUGUGCAGUGUAAAUCUUCGUUUUCAUUAAAAAAAAUCUUCGUUUUUAUUUUUUUAUUAAAACAUUGACUUUCUGUAGCAGAGGAACCAUUUCAUCAAAACCCAAGCUAAAGCCCAACAUCUGACCAUGGAAACUUUGUCAAAACUACAGCGAAUGAGAAUGGUGGCAUCUACUGUCUGCAAAAUCCACCUCCUUUUACUGCUUCUGUACUUCUUUGUGUGCUCCCUUGAUAUUUUAAGUUCUGCCUUCCAACUUGCUGGAGGCAGGGUAGCAGGGGAUAUUUUCCAGAAGAAUGCUAUCCUGUCUAACCCAGUGGCAGGGCUGGUGGUUGGGAUACUAGUGACAGUCUUAGUGCAGAGCUCCUCCACUUCCACCUCCAUUAUAGUCAGCCUGGUUUCUUCUGGUUUGCUGGAUGUGCCGUCAGCCAUUCCUAUCAUCAUGGGCUCCAACAUUGGAACAUCAGUCACUAAUACCAUUGUUGCUCUAAUGCAGGCUGGAGAGAGAGAGGAGUUUGAGAGGGCAUUUGCUGGCGCUACAGUCCAUGACUGCUUUAACUGGUUGUCCGUCUUGGUGCUUCUCCCUCUGGAAGCUGUGAGUGGGCUGUUGAGGAGACUGUCACAGGCUGUGGUCGACACACUCCAACUUAGUAGUGGAGACGAAGCUCCUGAGCUUCUUAAAGUCAUCACUGAACCACUGACUAAACUGAUAAUCCAGCUGGAUGGCUCAGUCAUUACAGCAAUCGCUACCGGAGACCAAAGCGCGAAGAACAAGAGUCUGGUGAAGCAGUGGUGUCAGACCACAACAUUGAAGGACAAUGAUACAUCCUGGGGAACGCACAACCUUUCAGAACAAACACAGAAAUGUAUGCAUCUCUUUGUGGACUGCUCUUUGUCAGACUUGGCCAUAGGUCUGAUUCUCCUGGCUUGUUCCCUGUUGGUCCUGUGUAGCUGCCUGAUAACGCUAGUUAAACUGCUCAACUCCCUGCUGAAGGGCCAGGUGGCCAAUGCUAUUAACAAUGUUGUUAACACAGACUUUCCCUAUCCAUUCACCUGGCUGGCAGGUUAUCUGGCUAUACUGGUGGGAGCGGGCAUGACCUUUUUGGUCCAGAGCAGUUCUGUCUUCACAUCUGCCAUCACUCCACUCAUAGGGAUUGGUGUGAUCAGUAUUGAACGAGCCUACCCUUUAACCCUUGGAUCCAAUCUUGGAACCACAACCACAGCUACACUAGCAGCCCUAGCUAGUCCAGGAGACAAGCUAGCUGCUGCCACACAGGUUGCUUUGUGUCAUUUUUUCUUUAACCUCCUUGGUAUCCUGCUGUGGUAUCCCAUACCAGCCACCCGAUUACCCAUACGUAUGGCCUGUGCUCUCGGCAAUCACACUGCCAGGUACCGCUGGUUUGCUGUCUUGUACCUCCUCCUCUGUUUUCUGCUACUCCCAUCCCUCAUAUUCGGUCUCUCCAUGGCUGGCUGGAAGGUGAUGACUGGGAUUGGCGUGCCAAUCAUUACUGUGAUUAUAUUUGUUGCAACAGUAAACAUCCUCCAGGUGCAAAGACCUGACUGUUUGCCACCGAGGCUACAGAACUGGGACUUUCUUCCUGGUUGGAUGACCUCAUUGCAGCCCCUGGAUGAUGUCAUCACUAGGGUGACCCUGUGGAACAGGCAAGGAAAAGGUUGGUGCUUCAGGAGAGAUGACAGUCCAGUAACGUCAGUGGAGGCCAUUACUGUCAUUCCUGAGAGAAGUGUAAGGGAGAAAUGGCAGCAGAAUGUGGACAAGCAACAGACUGAUGAGAACUGGAUGAAACAAAGAGGAUUGGACAGCCCUGGAUGCUGUGAUUUACAACAGUUUCAUGAAAAUAAUACAGACAUCAAACCUAGCAACAUAUCUACAGAAAAUAAAAUGUAUCACUCCACAAACAAAGAGAUAAAGUCAAACAAUGACAGCUCUCAUCUGCAGAGCACUCACUUGUAGCACUGUGUCUAGCACAUCUUAAACUAAGGUGUGUCAAAACUUGUAUAAACAAACAACUGUGGGAAAAACCCAAACGCUCAUACCAAAACAGCAAACUGCAACCACUCCAAACAACCACAAGUGCAUGAGAGAGCACAGCAGAGCAAAUUUCACAGAGCAGGACAUAGCAGUAUACAUCUGUACAAAAGGCCGAAAAUCCCUGCUUUGAAGAUCAUAUGUGCAUGUAAAACCAGCUAUGUAACCAUUUUUGAACUUAUUACAGAGGAGGUCUGGAGGCCAACUAAUCAAUCAGCCUAUGUUAUACACAGAUCAGGCAUAACAUUAUGACCACCUACCUAAUACUAUGUUGGUCCCCCUUUAACUGCUAAAACAGCCCUGAACCGUCGAGGCAUGGACCCCACUAGACCCCUGAAAAUGUGCUCUGGUAUCUGGCAGCAAGAUGUUAGCAGCAGAUCCUAGAAGUUCUGGAUGUUGCGAGGUGGGGCCCCCAUGGGUCAGACCAGCACAUCCUACAGCUGCUCCACUGGAUUGAGAUCUGGGGAAUUUGGAGGCAAAACCAACACCUCAAACUCAUUGUUCUGAUGCUGAACCAUUCCUGAAUCAUUUGCUUUGUGGCACAGAGUAUUAUCCUGCUGAAAGAAGUCACAGCCAUCAUGGAAUACCGUUUCCAUGAAACGGUGUACAUGGUCUGCAACAAUGUUUAGGUACGUGGUAUGUAUCAAAUUAACAUCCACAUGGAUGGCAAGACCCAAGUUUUCCCAGCAGAACAUUGCCCCAAAGCAUCACACUGCCUCCGCCAGCUUGCCUUCUUCCCAUAGUGCAUCCUGGUGCCAUGUGUUCCCCACGCACCCCGCCAUCCAUGUGAUGUAAAAGAUAACGUGAUUCAUCAGACCCUGCCACCUUCUUCCAUUGCUCUGUGGUCCACUUCUGAUGCUCACGUGCCCAUUGUUGGUGCUUUCAGUGGCACACAGGGUCAGCACUGGUGCCCUGACUGGUCUACAGCUAUGCAGCUCCAUACGCAAUAAACUGUGAUGCAUUGUGUGUUCUGACACCUCUCUAUCAGAAGCAGCAUUAACUUCUUCAGCAAUCUGAGCAACAGUAGGUCAUCUGUUGCAUCGGACCACACGGUCAGCCUUCGCUACCCAUGUGACUGCACCAUGACCCUCUCGCCGGUUCACCACUGUUCCUUCCUUGGACCACUGUUAAUAGACACUGACCAUUGCUGACUGGUAACACCUCACAACAGUUUUGGAGAUGCUCUGAUCCAAUUGUCUAGCUAUCACAAUUUGGCCCUUUUCAAAAUCACUCAAAUCCUUAAGCUUGUCUAUUUUUCCUGCUUCUAACACAUUGACUUUGAGAACUAAAUGUUCACCUACUGCCUAAUAUAUUCAACCCACUAGCAGGUGCCAUUAUAAAGAGAUCAUCUGCGUUAUUCACUUCACCUGUCAGUGGUGAUAAUGUUAUGCCUGAUCGGUGUAUAGCCUAUUGCUAGCUUUCUGUCGUAUGCAGAUAUUGACUGACAGUACAAAAAGCAUAUUGUAGUCUGAAUGCUCUGCCCAAAAGACAACACAGAUAAGCUUAUUUUUUGUGUAUUGUAAAAUUCUCUGCUCAGCAAAUGUUCUGGGCAAUCUAUUCACAAACAACUGAAAAUUACACUACUGCAUGUAUGGUUUGUAUUUAUAUUUUUUUUAAAAAGAAACUAAGAAAUUUUAUAUCACAUUUUCUAAACCGUCAAGUAUCAAAAGAAGCACCAACCCUGUCAGUUGGUCUGAUACCUGGCCACUGAAUUGGGGAAACUUAUUUUACAAUCAAAUCAAACAGUUUUAGAGUAGGAUAUGAAUAGCUAAUAUAUGGCACACUGGUUUCUUCCCACAAUCCACACAGACAAUAAUUAACAGGCAAGCUUUACUUUAACACUGCUGAUGUACGAGGAGUCUGUGAAUGCUAAAUGCGGUAUGUACUCAUUUCUGCAGUAGCUGCACAAGCAAGAUAUGAACUAGCAAACCCAAAACAGGAACCUUAUUUAAACAAAGAAAGAACACUGUCUUGGUAUGAUAUUAACAGAAAUAUUGAAUAAAAUACUGAUAUGAUUUAAAAAGCUGUAUGAAUAUAUGGUAUUAUGGCAUUGUAUUUUUAUUUUUUGGUUUUCCAUGUAUGUUUUUCAAAGUAAACAUGAAAAGAAAAACUUAAGCAAACCUGUCCUCUGCUGUUGUUAAUAUGUGCAGUUGAUGCCAGAAGAUUGCAGGUUUAUCAGAAAAGAUCAGGAGCAACCUUCUUUGUCUGCUG